CAGAAACUCUUCCCUUCCUGGCAAACGUCACUUGAACAUAUAAGAACCUUAUUCUGACCUUCAUACAGGUUGCUAAGUUCGAAUUCUUUGCGCAGUCAUGACUUCAACGAUAGAAAGACCGAUAUGGGAUGAUGUGGACGAAGCUAUGGUGGAUGAAGUUAUGCGCAUGUCAACUGAAGAGUUAACAAGUAGAGCAAGACUGCUUGAUUCCGAAAUUCGUUUUAUGCAAUCUGAGUUAAAACACGUCAAUCAUGAAAUAAACACGAAACAAACAAAAGUUAAGGACAGUAAAAGUAAAAUAAAAAUGAACAAGGCACUCCCCUACUUAGUAGCAACCGUCGUUGAAUUGCUAGAUGUGGAGCCUCAGGAAGAUGAGAUAGAGGAGGGAGCAAACGUUGAUCUUGAUUCUCAGCGUAAGGGAAAAUGUGCAGUUAUAAAGACAAGUACUAGACAAACAUACUUCCUACCGGUCAUUGGUCUUGUACCCCCCGAAGACUUAAAACCUGGAGACUUAGUUGGAGUACAUAAAGACUCAUACUUGAUACUUGAAAAACUUCCGCCGGAAUUUGACUCUCGAGUAAAGGCUAUGGAAGUUGAUGAACGUCCAACCGAGAGAUAUAGUGACAUUGGUGGGCUUGAUAAACAGAUACAGGAAUUGAUUGAAGCCGUUGUCCUUCCUAUGACGCAUCGUGAUCGUUUCGAGGCACUUGGUAUUCAGCCACCAAAAGGAGUCUUAUUGUAUGGUCCACCAGGUACAGGAAAAACACUGCUGGCCCGUGCAUGUGCAGCUCAGACCAAAUCCACUUUUCUUAAACUUGCUGGUCCUCAGUUAGUGCAAAUGUUUAUUGGAGAUGGAGCUAAACUGGUCAGGGAUGCCUUCCAAUUAGCUAAAGAAAAAGCUCCAGCAAUUAUUUUCAUCGAUGAACUCGACGCUAUCGGAACGAAGCGUUUCAAUAGUGAGAAAGCUGGCGAUCGUGAAGUACAGCGAACAAUGUUGGAACUUCUCAAUCAACUGGAUGGUUUCCAACCAAACCAUGACAUCAAGGUGAUUGCGGCUACAAAUAGAGUAGAUAUAUUAGACCCAGCGCUGUUACGAAGUGGUAGAGUUGAUCGAAAAAUAGAAUUUCCUGCACCAAACGAAGAAGCACGUGCCCGCAUUAUGCAGAUUCACUCUCGGAAGAUGAAUGUACAAAAAGAUGUCAAUUUUGAGGAGCUAGCUCGCUGUACAGAUGACUUUAAUGGAGCUCAGUGCAAAGCUGUAUGUGUGGAAGCAGGUAUGAUUGCGUUGCGUCGAAGUGCGUCAGAAGUAACACAUGAAGAUUACAUGGAUGCCAUUUUGGAAGUUCAAGCUAAGAAGCGCACUAAUCUAAAUUACUAUGCCUAACUACCAUUAGAUUAUUGACAGCGUGGUUUUUAUAUUAAAAUCACAGAUGGUUUUAAAGUAUACUGGCUGGUGUACCGUCAUCACAGUACUUUGUGUUACGAGCAGCUGUUCGUGAUCCUCCGUUAUUUGUUAAAAUAUACCUUGUAUUUAUUUGACUUCAGGACGAUGUGGUGUUCUAUUUAUCAACCUGAUUGAUGCUGUUCAAUUGUUUUUCUUUGUUUUAUCAUCACUGUUAGUGUGAUAA